CAGAAACAACGCUAUAGAUCGAACAGGCUAUCUGCCCAGAUCCAAAACAGAUUGCACGGUGAGAUAAUUGGAAGAUACUGGUCGAAGAUAAACAGACCAAGCAAACCACGAGACACGAUUCAUAGGCUAAGAAAGCCACCAACCUUCCAAGACCCCACCGCUCCCAUAGAAUACGAGACCAACUCGAAAAGAAUGGCCGACAUGGCGAGAGACUACCACAGCAACCUGCAAGAGGAUCGCCGAGACAUAGACACCCUCACACGAACAGAGACCAU